CGGCAUGUUGCUCGACAGUUAUGGGGGCUGCCGACCACCACGUCGUCGAUUAUGACUGCCACAUGCACACCAUACACACUCCCUUCCGACGGUGUCAUUAGCUUUUCCGAAGAUAACAUCGUUACUCUCACUGCCAACGUAGUAUUCUCGCCCGCUUGCACACCCGGCUACGAAACUCCUGGAACCAGCAAUGACCCAUCUAGCGUCGCCGACCUCUCGGGCCCUUUCUAUGCCUCGACCAUCCCUCAGACAUUUGUCGUCGCUUGCGCCACCUCACUAGCCUGGGUCUUGGUUGUCAUGCUGUUGAUCAACUCGCGGUCUUUCUCUCCUGGAUUCGGUCUCACAAACUUUGCUUCUGGAAGAGGUCUUAUCGGUGGCGCAACUGGCGGUACUUCCGGACCCGGCGUGGGCUCACGACCCUGGCUUCAGAAGGUCGCAGCUCUUUUAACCGCUAUUGCCUUGACCAUCGCCACAGCCGACACAUUCAAAGUUGCUCAAGAACAAUAUGCUGUCGGAUACAUGGAUGGAGAUGCUAUGCACACCAAGGUCGAGGGAAGCAUGGAAGUACGAGUCACACGUGUCAUAUCCGAUGUCUUUCUCUGGCUCGCUCAAGUUCAAACGCUCAUACGACUGUUCCCACGGCAUAAAGAAAAGGUUGUCAUUAAAUGGGUCGGUUUCGCUCUCAUCGUGCUGGAUACAAUCUUCUCCUGUCUCAACAGUUUCCUGGUCGACAGCUUUAAUCGCCCUCGUCAUUUUGUGGACGCUAUCCCAGCCCUUAGUUAUCUUUUCGAAUUGGCUGUUGGUCUUCUCUACGCCGCCUGGGUCAUUUUUUACGGUCUCACCAAACGUCGCUACGCCUAUUUCCAUCUCAAGAUGAAGAGCAUCUUUAUUGUCGCUCUUCUUUCACAUAUCGCUAUACUAACACCUGUAGCCUUCUUUAUUACCGAUGUCGCCCAGCCAGAUGUCGCUGCCUGGGGUGACUAUUUUCGAUGGGUUGGUGCUGCUGCUUCUAGUGUCGUUGUUUGGGAGUGGGUCGAACGAAUAGAAGCCUUGGAACGAGAUGAAAAGAAAGAUGGCAUUCUCGGACGCGAAGUUUUCGACGGUGAUGAGAUGAUCGACAUGACUCCCGGCGACAACAUGACAUAUACUCGAAAACCUCGAGAUAGUUAUCGACCGGCAGGCAGUGGCAGCAGCAGCUCCGGGGGCUCGGCACACAAAUCUGGCUCGCAACAAGACUCGGUAGCCAGGAGGCGAAAAGCAAUUCCUCGUCGGAAGACCCACCUACCUCUCGGAAGAGCACAUUCCGAAAACAGAACAAUCACCUUUGGGUCCUUGCCCCGUCCAGAAACAUCGCCUACACAAACCACUAACCAAACACCUCCACCUCCACGGAUUUCGCCACCUGACAGGACGAAUACAACUAGUGCUGCUUCGACCGUCUAUGUCAUCAAUUAUGGGGAGUCGCAAGAACCAGAGCCUGUGCGAAGGCGGACAGAGGAUAUACCCGAGCACUCACAAGUUGACGAUCUAGAAGCCCAGACAUCAAAUGCAACGCGAGAAGAUAGUGGAACUAUACCGGACGCUAUGUCACGACUGAGGCACACGAGCAAUGCACUUCGGAAUGCAAUGCAGAAUCCGUUCAAGAGAAAACGGAUGAGCCCACCUGCAGAAGUCAGAGCAGCUCGAGACAAAAACGACGCUCGCACCCUUCCGGCCCACUCAUACUCAAAGUGGGAUAUCAAGGGUAGAAUUGGGGCCAUUGCAGCUGAGCAGGGCGAAAAGUACCGCGAGAGGAAGCAAGAAAAGGUGAACGACGUCGACUUGCCUUAUACUAUAAUCCCAGCUCCUACCCGAGGAGCGGCAGCAUGGAGUCCA